AUGCACCGAUAUAACUGUUCCAUCUGUCCAUUCCCAUAUUGGUCUAACAGUUCCAGUACCUUCACCCACUUAAACUGGGGCUUCUUCUGGUACGAGUGCAAGGAGGUGUGGAUCGAAGGGCUGCGCAGCUACCUGCUCGACUGGUGGAACUUCCUGGACAUCGUCACGCUCAGCAUGUACCUGGCCUCCUUCGUGCUGCGGGUGCUGGUCUCCGUGACGGGCCAGUACCACUGCUGGGACGCCCCCUCCUCGCCCGAGUGCUACUACUUCACCAAAGCUGGGCACCAUGAGUGGCAUGCCGAGGACCCCCAGUUUGUUGCAGAGGUGCUUUUUGCAGUGACCAGCAUGCUGAGCUUCACCCGUCUGGCUUAUAUCCUGCCAGCCCAGGAGUCACUGGGGACCCUGCAGAUCUGCAUUGGGAAGAUGAUCGAUGACAUGAUCCGGUUCAUGUUCAUCCUGAUGAUCAUCCUCACUGCUUUCCUGUGUGGGCUCAACAACAUCUACGUGCACUACCAGGAGUCCGAGCGGCUGGGCAACUUCAACGAGACGUUCCCGUUCCUGUUCUGGACCAUGUUCUGCAUGGAAGAACACCGUGUGGUGGACAUGCCCUGGUUCCUCGUGGCCCAGUUUGUGGGCCGGGCGCUUUACGGCAUCUUCACCAUUGUUGUGGUCAUUGUCCUCCUCAACAUGCUCAUCGCUAUGAUCACCAACUCCUUCCAGAAGAUCGAGCUCAGCCCUGACGAUGCCGACGUGGAGUGGAAGUUUGCCUGCUCCAAGCUCUACCUGUCCUACUUCCGGGAGGGCCUGACACUGCCUGUGCCCUUCAACAUCAUUCCAACCCCCAAGUCCCUCUUCUACAUGGUCAGGGGCAUCUUCCAGUUCAUUUGCUGCUGCAAAGCCAAGAAGCAGCAGGACUGUCCCUCGAUCCCCACCAUUGCUACCUCAGCCCUGGACGACACCAUCCUGCAGCGAGAGAGCCGUGGCUCCUACAGGCUGCAGGUGCUCAAGGCCUUGGUGCAGCGCUACAUCGACACGGCCAGGCGGGAGUUUGAAGAGAGCAGGAGGAAAGACCUGGGGAACCGCAUCACGGAGCUGAACAAGUCCAUGCUACACCUGCAUACAGAGGUGGAGCACCUGAAGAAUGGGCUGGCUGCCAGCCGCACCCCCGCCAGCCCCCCAGCCGCGGCCAGCAUGCUGCACGGCUACAUCCGCAGAGUCCGUGACACCCUCCACAAGUUCAACCAGGAUGCGCCUGGCUCUGGGGAGGCCUCGCCUGUCAAGGUGAUGGUGCACCAGGACGGGGCUCCCAGCACCGGGGGCACCUGCCCUGAGGACACAACACUGCCUGGGGAGGACAGCCAAGCAGCAGAGCCAGCGUCUCCGGCUCCCUUCCAGCAGGAGGAUGGGGGACGCUGA